CGGCGUUCCAGUUUCCCGUUGUUGCUGCCAUAUUAAACCUUUCCCUGAAAAAAUCGUUUAAACAUCUUCAGCACCAAGCAGCCAACAUCAUUCCCUUGUUAUUAUUAUUCUUCAUUCAUGAAUGCUACUCUCCCCUCUCCCGCCGCUCUAGCAAGUAAGGAUCUUCUUUGCAACGAGAAUGGUUCUACCUCUACCUCUACCUCUACCUGUUUUUCCGCUUCACUUCGUUACUGCUAUUAGGGCUUCUGACGGAUUGUUGUUUUCAGAGAAUUUUCUUCUUUAGGCAUGGAUGGAGACAAUAAUGAAUGCAUGAUUGGUCGAAUUCAACAGUUGGAACGUGAGCGUGAUCAACUGCGCAAAGAUAUUGAGCAACUAUGCUUGCAGCAAGCAGGCCCUAGCUAUCUUGUUGUGGCUACUCGAAUGCAUUUUCAAAGGACAGCUGGCUUGGAACAGGAGAUCGAGAGUUUGAAAAACAAACUGGCUGCAUUUACAAGAGAGAAUAUGAAUCUUCAGGAGGAGCUUUCUGAAGCUUAUCGUAUUAAAAGCCAGUUGGCAGAUUUACAUAGUGCUGAGGUCUCAAAGAAUAUGGAGGCUGAAAAGCAGGUUAAAUAUUUUCAAGGCUCUGUUGCUGCUGCAUUUGCUGAACGAGAUAAUUCAAUAAUGGAGGCUGAGAAGGCAAAAGAAAAGGAAGAGAUCAUGUCAAUGAAAUUGAAUGAUCUUCAAAAAAGACUAGAAGAGCUAACCACAGAUACCCUCAAAGAAAAGGAGCUUCUUGCUGUGGUGCAAAUUGAUUCAGCGAAACUAAAAGAACAAAAUGAAACAUUGUUGAAGGUUGUGGAUAAGUUUUAUGAGAUCCGACAGAGCACGGUCGGGAGAUCCGAGGAUAAUGACUGGCAUGAUAAAUGUGCAUGUCUUUUAGAAGAUUCUUCAGACAUGUGGAGAUUCGAUGCCAGUUGUGAAACAUCUACUUCCAAAUACAUUGGCUCUUUGGAGGAGGAGCUGGAGACAUUACGAAGUUCAGUGUAUCAUCUUCAAAAAAAGUUCCGGGUGGGAUUAGAGAUUGAAAACCACUUAAAGAAGAAAGUUUCUGAGUUGGACAAGAAGAGGAUUCUUUCAGAUGAUAUGACAAGGAAUAGGAUAUCAGAGUUACGUAAGUUCCAUGAUCAGCUUAAAUGUGAGGUGAUGGAUUUACUUGAGCAAGGAAAAGCUCAGGUUAAAUCCAUACUUGAUGCUGUUGAAGAAAAGAUGAGACAGUUUCAUAUCAGCAAGCUGCAAAAUUCUGAGCCCCUUCUGAGAGAUGAAAAGUUCAAUGACAUUGAAUGUCGAGAUGUUCAUAUGACCGGUUAUGCUCAACAGAGUGCAACAUCUGAGAAAAAGCGCCCUUUUCCUCGAAACACUGUGGCCCAUGGUGAUACCUCUGAUGUUCUUGUGCAGGCAUUGCAAGAGAAGGUCGCUGCACUGUUGCUUCUCUCUCAGCAGGAAGAAAGGCAUUUAUUGGAGAAGAAUGUAAAUGCAGCUCUUCAGAGAAAGAUAGAAGAACUGCAGAGAAACUUAUUGCAAGUGACCAAUGAAAAGGUCAAGGCUCUUGUGGAAUUGGCACAAUUAAAGCAAGAAUGUCAACUAUUGCGAGAGAAUGCUAGUCAGGGGAUCAAACGAGGAAAUUUUUUGGCUGACCUUGGUGAUAACAUUGUUGCUGCUGCUCAUGAAAGAGAUGGGAAAUUGAAAAACAUGCUUAAGAAAACAUAUCUAAGGCGUUGGAUUGGUCGGCUAGAUGAAGGUGAUGGUCGUGUAAAUGAAAACGAAUUCACUAAUAAAAAAUCCAACCAUGCAGUUGAUUUUGCAAGGAUGAAGGUAGAAAAUGCUAGCCUGAAAGAGAGCAUCGAAAGUAUGGACCAUUUGACCUCUACAAUUCGCAGGCUUCGGCUCUCUAUUUUAAAGGCUAAAGAGUCCACAACAUCCCAAGGGCUUUUUACUCAUAUAGAAGAGACUCUUGAUAAUAUUGUUGCCGAGGCAAAACUUGUGAAGACUGCUCUUGGUAGUUCUCUUCCAGUUAGCUGGUCAGAGGCAGAUCCUGGAUCAUUUGAUGGAAGAAUUAUUGAUGAGCCGUAUGAUGGCUGUGGGGAAACUGUUGAGAAGGUAGACUCUGUUUCUGCUGCAGGACUUGAGAUGGUGGAGCUUGUAAUACUAGCAUGUCAGAUUGUGAAGGAGAAUACCAUGGACAAGCAUUCCAGAGAUGAAAGCUGAUUGAGCUCUAGACAAUUUUCCCAGCUUUGAAGUGCUGCCUGUGGUACCUUGUACAUGUAACAUUGUGUAGAUGUUAAAUCACCGGUUUGUGAAAAUUGUAGUUAUUUUAUUACGGUAAUCUGUCCUUUGAGUGGAAAAAAGGAUAAUAUGUGAAGCUGAUUUUAAAAAAUCCACCCCACCCCCACCCC